GAAAUUCAAACAUCACAGUUUGUUUUGAUUAUUUUUAUUUUUCGUCAAAUUCCUCAUAAAUUUAAUUUUACUAUGUUAGCAAGGACUGUAAGGCAUGUCCUUCAAAAUAGAUCCUUCCACACGACGCCUAUAUGCACAACAUUCUGGGUAAAGAGUAAGAAACAAGGAUAUGAGAAGGAACAGCCACUUUUGCCGACCAAGAAGAUGAUUUUGGAAGGGCUUAAGGAUCUUAAAGAUGAAAUCAUCAUGUGGAAAGAGGAAGUAAAGGAAAAAUUAGAAACAGAUCCAAUUCUGAUUUACAGACCUAAUGAAAUUGAUGUUUAUUGUAGAUUUAACACUAGAGAAGAAGUCGAGAAAUGGAUAGUAACAAGUGACAGUGACCACAAUGAAGGAUACAGUCGAGCAAAUUUUGAACUAAGUACAGCCGGUUAUGGACUAUUUAAUGGGAUUGUGACAGCAAAUUUACCAAAAGACGGUAGAAUAAAGAAAGCAGGAUACGCGAGCAUAAGAAGUCAACGACAUACAAAGUCUUUCAGACGAAAUACAUAUUAUGAUUGGUCAACAUAUAAUACAUUAGUGCUACGUGUACGAGGAGAUGGACGACCGUACAUGAUUAAUAUCGGAACUGAGGGAACUUUCGAUGUAACAUGGAAUGAUAUUUAUCAUUUUGUAUUAUACACACGUGGUGGUCCUCAUUGGCAAAUUACAAAAAUACCAUUUUCAAAGUUCAUCUUAGCAUCAAAUGGUGUCGUGCAAGAUAAGCAAUUUCCUAUACCUCUAAAUAAAAUUACAAGCUUUGGAUUUGCUGUAUCGGGUCGUGGUGGUUUUGACGGUCCAUUUAGUUUAGAAAUUGAUUAUGUUGGACUCGAGUAUGAUCCAUCAAAUAUUGAAGAAUUUGCUUAUGAAAUGUAUAAACAAGAGAAAUAUAUUGUGGCUACGUGAACAUUGCAUGUAAUUAUGAUUAUUUAUAUGAUAAUUUGUGGAUAUAAAAAAUUGAUGUAGAAUAUUUGAAUUUUAA